AUGUCUUACGAUAUUGAUUCCGGCGGCCGUCCUAUCCCCACUCUUGUUCAGUACUGUCAACGCGUCGCCUCCGCCAACGUCGAGAGUAUCUGCAGCCUAGGCGAAGGUUGGCGCAACGAUCUCAUCAGGCCUGUGCUGGAGAGCUGCACCCCAGAAACGCUUCAGAGAUUCGAGCACGCGGACCCAUACAUCGCGAACGACACUCAAGACAUCUGGAAGAGGCUCUUCCUCAAGGAAUUCCCCAUAGCGGCUCACCAGUACGAAUCAAAUGCCCUGGAAGAGCCCGAGUCGUGGAGGGACGAGCUCUUCGCUCUGCGUGAUCGAGAGCACGCGAAACUGAAUGCACUAUCCAAUAGACUCAAAGCCUCGCGUCAAGAGGAGGAAGAACGCAAGAGAGAGUCCGCUAUCAAACUCACUGACAAAGUCCCCCCGGCAAAGCGGUCCCGUCCCUGGGGUGCGCCUUCCCAACCCAAGACCCUUUUCCAGAAGACAAGGACGGAAGCAUCACGCUUGAGUAAAGGCGUUUUCGGCUCGCGUAUUACUCGGCCAGCGUUUCAGACCCGGAGGAUCGUGCCCAGUACUGCAAGUGCUAAACCGCCGCCACCCUCUCGGACGGCAUCCUCCGUCAAGGCACUCAGCAGUGCGCAGCCGAGUGGCUCGCGCGUAGUCGUAAGGAGUGUUCCCGUCGUGCACACACCGCCGCCACCUUCCAAGCAGGCGUCGCCAAUGCUGACCGAAUCAGCAAGUGCUAUCCCAACAACGUCCGACGUCUUUUCUAUAAUUGCUUCGCCUCCACCUAUCGCAUCAUCACCCUCGCCUUCAAGUAGUCCCCCACAAACGUUGUGGUCGCCGAUGCCUCAACUGCAAAUACAAUCUCCCGAGGCUCGUUCGCCGCCUUCUCGGGCGCCAGGAAAGAAGAAUCCAGGGGCGUCGCUGUUCAUGCCCAAGCACCGAGCUUACUCGCAGCUUCCGCGUGGUGUACAGUCAAAGUCAUAGACCUGCACAACGUCAACGCUUUGUCGAUUAUUGCUAUCUCCACUUAGAAUCCACUCUGCAACCGAUUAGUCGCUCGCUCUCGUUCGCAUCCCUUCUGUAUACCAUCAACCAUGUCACAUUGUCAUCCCGACGCUAUCAUACGGCACCCGUUUUCGUGACGCUUUCCAGCCUUCAUCACAUCCAGCUAGCCAUCUUGGGUCAUUGUUCCAACGUAUUCAUCAGGGAACCUACAGGAAGUGUACUGUACUGCACAUGUUCAUCACAUGUAGUUUUCUUUCAG